CCGGCUUUCCGUCGAAUCACAAGUGAUCGCAGGUAUGGGAGGGCCGAGAGGUUGGGUUCGACCGGCUUUUAUUUGCCCACAUAUUAUGAUUUGACACAAAUCGACAUCAAAUACAUCUGUGAUGUCAUCAGAGAGUACUUCAGCGGUAAAAGUGAUCACUUGUUCGCUCCGGCCGUUGAAAGAAGGGAUGAAUUAGUGUUAAAAAGCGGUACUUUUAGUAUCGAGGCAUUGAGUCUAACGCGCGCCGGUCUAGUGAAGCAAAAGUAUAGUCGCGGACAUCCCUUCAUAGAAGCCAUUGGUUUGAAUUUCACGGCAAAUCGCUGUCUUAUUACUGAAAACUGGGAUUUGUGUCAGCGAUUCAUUAAUUCGGUCAAUGAAUGCGUUAAAAGUACGGAAACGUUUGGUUUGGAUCCGAAAAUUGUUGACAACUUUUUCAAACCAUACGUUCAAUACUUCACAUCUCAGUCUGGAUUUGAGGCACAAUUGCAGAGGCCGUGGACUGCGGAGGACUUGACAGCACCCGAGUAUUCAGUGGCUAAACACGUGUCCACAACCACUGACUACGAGACGCAACAGUUGUUGGUUUGGCUCAUAAAGCAAUUCAAACCGAAAUGUAUGCUAGAGUUAGGCUCUUGGAUGGGAUUUAGCGCUCUUUUGAUGGCAAUCUCUGCCAAAACAUAUCAGUUCUCACAUUAUAAAUCCAGGAUUUAUGCGUGCGAUUCAUACGUGUGGCAGAACUGGAUGUCUAAUUAUGUGUGGAUGAAGAGUGUGAUGGCAAACGGGGACUCAUUUUUACACCGAUUUGAGUAUAAUGUGGAACCGAUGCGUGAAUUCAUAGAACCUGUUGUUAUGAAUUUCGAUUCAAUACUUCCCGAAAAGGUAUCCGAAAUAAAACCGGAUUUUGUUUUUAUUGAUUUCACUCAAGACGCUGAAGAGGUGGAGGAAAAGUGGACUCAUUUGAUCCCAAAUCUAAUUCCCAACAAAACUAUUGUAUUAUUCAAUGGACUGUCCGUUACAUCAAUUCCGUUCUUCAGUCGAUACAGUAAUCAAUUGAAAGCUAUAGCAAAACCGCACACAAUAGCGAAGGUCUUUAUAUACAGUCCCGACGUUUCCAUACAAAAACCUCUAAAGAAUAUUCAAUUGAAGCCAACAUUCAAUUUCCAAACGCCUCCCGAUUGGGGCCAUCACUACAAGAAUGCUUUCAACGCUUCCAUCGAUUUAUUGAGACAAGAAUUUCACGACAAGAACUCAAGCAUUCGGUUUAUACCAGCGCUUGAAGAGACUCUUUGCGAUAAUCCGGAAGUAUUGGGAAAUAAUGAAUGGAUUGGUGUAAUACAUAUGACACCAGAAUAUCCACUACUGUUUUACACACCAGACCUGAAACGGUUGUGCAGUAAAAGGUAUGCAAAGUAUAUGAAGAACUGUAAGGCUUUGUUCACAUUAACGAGUGUUCAAAAACAAUAUUUGGAUCAAAACCUGAAACUCGAUUACAAAAUACCGAUUCAAACAUUGGUUUACCCCUUCGUUGAGCCCCAAGUGAUCAAAGACUCAAUUGUUUUAGAUUUAUUGCGGGACAAGAAGUCUGUGGAUCUGAUUCUUAUCGGAGGUUUUGCCAGAGAUUUCAAUCGCUUUUAUUCGGCAAACAUUUCAAAACAAUUCAAAAAAGUUAUUUUAGUCAACGAUUUGUCGACAGAAUAUCAGUUUAGUUGCGAUUAUCCAAAAGAUAUUGAUCUAAAGACACGAUUGUCUGACGAGGAAUACGAGAACCAGUUGUACCGUUCGGUGCCAUUCCUGACCCUCCUAUACAACGGCGCCGCAAAUACACUGAUCCUCGAGUGUAUCGCCAGAAAUAUACCAAUACUUGUGCCUAAUCUCAGCUCUUGUACUGAAUAUAUCGGUGAAGACUAUCCUCUUCUCUAUUCCGCAGACGAAACCGAUUUCAGUAAACUUUUGACUGAAGACUGCAUUCAAUCGGCGAUUAAUUAUUUGAAAAAUAUGAAUAAAUAUCGCUUUAGAAGCGAUUACUUCUUGGAAUCGGUAAAGAAUGGCAUAGUUUUGCAAUCAAUGGCUUUCGACUACUCGUCCAAUACUUCGCAAAUAUCGGUGAAAUCAAUGCCAGACUUUUGUUCAUAUGAUGUCUCGGUCUGUAUUUGUUCCUUCAAACGGACCCAUCAUUUGCCACAAAUACUGGACUCUCUAUGGAAUAGUCUUUCCCUAGAGUUAUAA